AAAUUUAUCUCGAUCUUUCACAAGUCAAACUUAAUUAAAAAAAAGACACACGACUUCACUCUUUUUGGCCAGCGAUUCUUAAUAACAAAGGAAAACGAGACGCAUUCAAACAAUCCCGUAGAAAAACACAUCAUACAUACAUAAAAGAAAUGGAAGAAAUUCCAGUGGCGCGCACGAAAUCCAUGGCAGCUCCUGCGAUUUUCGUCCUCGUAUUCGCUUUCCACUUCGUCUCUAAAUUCAUCGAGUCCCACAAAAAGAAGAAAGGAGCGAUGAGUGAUGUGGGUGUUGAAUUGCGAGCAGAAAUUAAGAAGCUUUUGAAGGAGGCUAGCUCUUUGACGCAGCCAUCAACAUUUGCACAAGCUGCAAAACUUAGAAGAAUGGCAGCUUCAAAGGAGAAAGAACUUGCAAAACAUCAAGAAAUGCGCGAAAAGGAUAUGAAGAUGUCCUUCGGUACAUACGAAAAGCUCUUACUGAUAUCUAAGGUUGUUACGUAUGUUAUGCUUCUCUUUUGGUUCUGGAAGAUGCCUGUGACCACAAUACCCAAUCAACUUGUGCAACCUUUCGGCAAGUUGCUGUCUUGGAGAGCAGGAAUAUCUUUUAAAGACGAACUUGCGGUGAUUUUCUGUUUUGAAUUAAGAAUAAAUCUAUUGUACUUGGUCUUAAGUAGGAAUUAUACCAUGGUUGAUAGUAUCCACCAGAGUUAGCAAAUUUAUCUGCAGGAAGGUUUUGGAUUAAAAAUGAAGCUUAGCAAAUUUAUAGCUAUUCGAAAGCAGUAUCUUUAUUUGAUAUGUAUGUAAUAUGUAAUUCCAGAAUUAUGGAUUUUAAUGUUUAUGGCCGUAAAGUUUUAGUCUACAGGUUAAACAUACUGACUUGCUUUUCCUAUGGGACUUACCAGGCCAAUGAGGUACUUUUAAUUAUUUAUUUAAUUAUAUGAAAUAAUUAAGCAACAUGUAAAUUAUUAUGCAAUAUAAUUGAGCACCCA